AUGCGCAAUCUGCGUUGUCAUGCAGGACACGCGUCGCCACUGGAGUUGGCUUUAAGUGCACUUUGCCCUUAAUCCAACCAGUGGUUGAGACCAUCGUCACUGCGCAAAUCAUCCUCCACCAGCAGCAGCAGCAUCAACAACGCCUGCCCCCCGCCGCCGCCCACACCGCACCAAGUGAACCCGGCCAGCUGCAGCAGCAGUAGCACUCCGCCCCACUCCCAGCAUCCGCAUCCGCAUCAUCACCAGCACCACCAGCACAGGCGCAGCAGUAGCUCCAGUCACACCAGCCACCAGCUAGCGGAGAACUCGAGCGGUUUGGCCACGAAACCGGCCAUCAAUUUGCUCGGCAAUCAGCUGCAGGUCAACUACUUUGAGUUCCCGCCCACAGCUUCUGGCCAGGCGUUGUUGGCCAACAGUGGUCGCACUACAGCCUCUACGCCGUCGCUGAACUGCCACCAUCAAUUCCAGCAGCCCCAGCAGCACAGCUCCACCGUUGCUGGUAACUACAGCUCGGCGGUUGCCAAAGCGGCUGCCUCCACUGCCUGUGCGCUCCUUGCCACGUGCCACGUGUCCAGAGAUUCCCCCCGACACUACCACCACCAACAGCAGCUACCAAAGCAGCCCAGGAGCCCGGAGGAACCACAGCAAACCGCAGACAACAUGGGUCGACGCGAGAUAAAACGCUCCAAUACCAGUGGCUCCACCACCAGAUCCUACGACAGCGGCAGCGCAACCACAAACUUUGUGGGCAAGUUUACGCAGAGUGUGCGUCGGAUCGUCCAGGAUGUGAAGGACGAGGGCGCGCCCAGCGGCAUGACGCGGGAUGAGGUGAUCGAGACCAACGAGCGGCUGCGCUCCCUGCGCCUGCGACUCGAGGAGUCCUACGAGACGGCCAAGAAGGCGUUGAUCAACCUAAUGAACAAGUACGGGGACUCGAAAAGCCAGCGCAACAUCUUUCAGCGCUAUCCCACGCUCAAGCUGAUGAUAAAGGAAGUCAUCCGGCUGGAGACCCAGUACUGGACCCUGGUGGACAUCCCGCGCCAGGAGAAGCAGGAAACUGUGCCCUCCUACGUGAUGCGCGCCUGCUCGAUCAUGGAGAAGACCCAGAAGUCCGGCGAGGGCGUCAAGACCUCCGCCCGACUGGCCGAGGAGGCGGCCGAGCGUCGGGAGCGCAUGGAGCGAUUGGAACAUAUGACAACUGCCCAAAUCGAGCACGAGAACACGCAGCUGAUAAACGACUUGUACCGCUUGCUGAAAAAGUAUCUGGGCCUGCGGCAUCUCAUCCGGGUGCUAAAGGAAGAGUACGGCAGCUCAAAGAUGUAUCCGAUAUUUCCACGCUACACAAUGCUCAAGGACAUGAUAAAGGGCAUCAUGCACGACCCGGACUACAUGGAGGUGUGUCACGAGACGCUGGCCAACGCCAACUGAGCCGAGGGCACCGGAAAUGGCAGGCGUCGCAUGAGUGUCAUUUGAGAGGGCCCAAAAACUAACAGCAACACCAAUACGAGCGGCAGCCUACGCGGGUGCAGGACCUAGGACCUGUGCCAGUAAAAGUGCCUGUCCGCUCAAUUCGCAUGCGAGUUUCUGUCAUUCCGGAGUGAUUUAGAAUUUUCCGUAAAAAGUUCUCGGAGCCAUUGCGGAGCGCGUGGCUUCGGCAGCCUCUCUCUCUUUCCGGCCCCUCUAGCCAACACUCUUGAACACUCAAAGGCAAGCCAAGACAAACUAAUCAAGGAACUAACCCACUAACUAACUACGCCCAGACCCCACCACCCACCACCAAACCAUCAACUGAACAAGGAACUAUUUACACUACAUUAUCAGAU